AAGCCGGUGGAUUGAGGGAGAUAAGGGGGAUUCACUAAAAGUGUCUGGGUGAGAUAGUGAAAGCAUCAUCACACUGGGGCUCGGUGUAGCUGGAAAGGCGACUUCUGGUGGACAGCCUACCCCUACAUGUAGGCGCAGAGGUCGCGGAGAAGAAACCCACCGCUUCACGUCCUGCUAACAGCCUGAAUGUAGCUCAACUCGACUCAACCAAAGCUGCAUUUAUUGCAAAUGAUCAAGCGAAAGGAAAUUAUGAGUGAAAACAUCUGGGUGCGGCACACUUUAAAGGAAAAGGCUUCGCUCUGUCGGAGGUCGUACGCAAUUUUGCCUUUUGUAUUUCCUUGCUGAAUGUCGUGUGGACAUUUUGGAUUUUUUUUUUUUAAUACUCCGUGUCAUUAAAUCUUACCAAGUAAGGACCAUUUUGCUCUUGUAUUCGUCUUCGGUUGGUUUCUUUGAGUAACACAUGGAAGGUAGAUACUUCCAAGUCUGAAAACAAGCGGGGACGACAACGUUAAACAACUUGAGGACGGCUCGCCGAGGAGACUGUGUACUGGGCCAGUUUCGAGUUGCUCUUUAAGUGGGCAACAUUAGCUAGCUGCUAACACUAGCAAAAAAAAAAAAAAUCCUACUGAACUACCGUCAGGAAGCUAAUGCCCACUUCUUGAAAUAUUUUUUUGAUAGUAGCACCUCGCCCGUAACCUGGACAUCAACAUCACAUGAGACACUGACUCUACAUUAACUUAGAUAAGCAAAUUGUUGCUGUUGGAUCUGUCAUCUGCCAUCCACUGGGAUCCAGGCGCUUGAGUCCUAAAUGACAAGGGACUGAGGAUGUCCAAGCGGAGCUUGUUUGUUCGUCUGGUGCCAUGCCGCUGCUUGCGGGGUGAGGAGGAGACGGUAACAUCGCUGGACUACUCCCACUGCAGCCUGGAGACUGUUCCUAAGGAGAUCUUUAGCUUUGAGAAGACCCUGCAGGAACUCUACCUCGAUGCCAACCAGAUCGAGGAACUGCCUAAACAACUGUUUAACUGCCAGUUACUACACCGACUGAGCAUGCCAGAUAAUGACCUGACGGUGUUGCCGGCAGCCAUCGCAAACCUCAUCAAUCUCAGGGAGCUGGAUGUCAGCAAAAACAGUAUCCAGGAGUUUCCAGAAAACAUCAAGAACUGCAAAGUCCUAGCUAUUGUAGAAGCCAGCGUGAAUCCCAUUUCCAAGCUCCCUGAAGGCUUCACCCAGCUCCUGAGUCUGACGCAGCUCUACCUGAAUGAUGCCUUUCUGGAGUUCUUACCCGCCAGCUUUGGCAGGUUGACUAAAUUACAGAUCUUGGAGCUGAGGGAGAACCAGUUAAAGAUGCUGCCAAAGAGCAUUCAGAAACUCACGCAGCUGGAGAGGUUGGACCUGGGGAGUAAUGAGUUCACUGAAAUGCCUGAGGUGCUGGAGCAGCUGACUGGAAUCAAGGAGCUGUGGAUGGACGGGAACAGACUGACGUUUUUACCUGGGAUGCUUGGGAUGCUAAAACAGCUGGUUUACCUGGACGUGUCCAAGAACAACCUGGAAAUGGUGGACGAGCAGAUCUGCGGCUGUGAGAGUCUGCAGGACCUCCUGCUCUCCAACAAUGCCCUCACACAGCUGCCCGGCUCCAUCGGCUCACUGAAGAAGCUGACCGCGCUGAAGGUGGAUGAGAACCAGCUGAUGUACUUGCCAGACUCUGUUGGAGGGCUGACAUCUCUGGAGGAGCUGGACUGCAGUUUCAAUGAGAUUGAAGCCUUGCCUUCCUCCGUUGGCCAGUGUGUCUGCAUGCGCACCUUUGCUGCAGAUCACAACUUCCUCACCCAGCUUCCCCCUGAGAUGGGCAACUGGAAGAAUGCAACUGUGCUGUUUCUACAUUCCAACAAGCUGGAGUCUUUGCCUGAGGAGAUGGGUGACAUGCAGAAGCUCAAGGUCAUCAAUCUUAGCAACAACAAGUUGAAGAAUCUUCCUUACAGUUUCACUAAACUGAACCAGAUGACUGCAAUGUGGCUGUCUGAAAAUCAGUCAAAGCCGCUGAUCCCUCUCCAGAAAGAGGAGGAUCCAGAGACACACAAAACCGUGCUGACUAACUACAUGUUCCCGCAGCAAACCAGGACUGAGGACUACAUUCCCAACUCUGACUCUGAGAGCUUCAAUCCGACUCUCUGGGAGGAACAACGCAAGCACCGAGCUCAGGUGGCCUUUGAGUGCGACGAGGACAAGGAUGAGAGAGAAACACCCCCAAGGGAGGGAAACCUGAAGCGCUACCCCACACCGUACCCAGACGAGCUGAAGAACAUGGUGAAGACCGCCCAGUCUGUGGCUCACAGGCUGAAGGAGGAUGAGUCAAGUGACGAGUCGGGGAAAGAUCCAAAACCGAUCGAGAGGAACCAUAUUGGAGUGCAGGACGUGGGUGUUAAGGUGAUAGAGGCGCCUUGCCCCAACGGUAUGCCGUCAGACAAGGAGCGCCAAGUAUCCGCCCACAAUCCCUCUGCACUGGAAUCAAAAGACACCUCAGACACGUCUUACAGCUCCCAAAGAGUCCCACUCAAAUCCUCAGAGGGCUCCAUGAUGAACCAUGAGGACACACUGGAGGAUUCUGAGGAGCUGUCGGAUGAAGAGGAGGAGAUGAAAAUUGCAGAAAUGAGACCGCCUCUUAUUGAGAUCUCCAUCAACCAGCCUAAAGUAGUGACUUUAAGUAAGGACAAAAAAGAUGAUGGGAAAGACGCAGACUCUCUGCUGGAUGACACAGUGGCCAACAGCAACCAGAACAACAGUAACUGUUCAUCACCGUCCCGCAUGUCCGACUCAGUGUCUCUGACCACUGACAGCAGUCAGGACAACUCUCUGUGCACCCCCGAGAGAGAGGCAAAAAUGCCCUUCCUCCCAAAAAGCCGGCAAGAAGAUGAGAAUAUGAACCAGCCUAAAGACACCACCCCUCUCCUCCAUAAUGGUAAUGGCUCUGAAACGUCUCUUCAAGCCCUUUUGAAAACCCAGCAGACCCCGCCAGAAAAACUGGGCGACUACGACCUGUCCAUGGAAGCCAGAUUGGCCUUCAUUGAGAAGGGAUUUAACAACGGCAUGGAAAACACCUACACCAAGUGGGACCAGAUCAAUAUGAACGUGUCCAAGCUGCCGACCGACAACAUGGUUCAGCUGGAUGAGCUGGGAAAAACCAAGAAUGGUUCAGUGGCCCGGGAUGACUUAGACAGCAAGCAGGGUUUUAGCAAUGACAACCUGGAGCAUUUACAGAAUGGAAACCAGCAGGUCAGUGACUGCAUCAAUAGUCUGGGGAACAAAAGUCAAGCCAUGAGAGUGGAGACAUCUGCUGUGCAUGUGGCCUCGACAGGCGUGACAGCCAGCAGUGACAUGUCUCUGUCUCGCAGCACAGAGGAACUGUCUCCAGACAAAAGGUGCCAUCCCCCACAGGUGAUGAAGUCUCACAGCGUCAGCAACAUAGAAACAGGGGGCAUGAGGCUGUACUCCUUUGAAGGGGACGAUGACUCCUAUGAUACGGCAGCAAUGACGAGGAUGGCAGGAGCCGGCCCGGGCCCAGGAGCUCAGGGCCAGAGCAUAGUCAGGAGCAAGUCAGCCAGUCAGCUACUCAACGACCAGACUCUCCAGGUCUACCCCAGCUCCUCUGCAUCUUCCUCAGACCUGCUCUCCUCCUCUAAGCCUCCUGCCAGCACCAGCAGAUAUCCAGCCUCCUCCAGCAUGGCCAUGGGCAUCCCUCCUCCUCAGUACAACAUACAGUACACAAGCAGUGCCAUGCCAAAAGAUGGCCUCUGGUCCCAGAGAACGCCCAUGCCCCCGGAGCACCAAGGCUACCUCCCUCCUCCUCCUCCUCCUCCACACUCACUAGCCAACACCAACUACUCCAAUCGUAAUCAGGCGCCGCCGUACCCUCUACAGCCGCAGCAAAGGGGGCCUUCCAUGGCUCCCAAACCCAGCGGCGACAUGUGGGCUAAGGAGAGACUUCAUUCUACUGGCAGCCAGCCGAGAAGCAGCACUCUGCAGAGGCAAAGCAGCACCACGUCCACGGCUUCCAUGGGUGACCCCAGGCGCAUGCAGGUGCCAGAGGGGGAAUACAUGACAUACAGGGACAUUCACACCCUCGCCAGGGGGCCGCUGGCGAUGAGCCAGGCCAUGCAGAGACCCCUGUCAGCUCGCACGUACAGCAUCGAUGUACCCGGAGCUUCCAGGCCUCUCGGCGCCAGGCCGCAACCCCACGAGCUUCCAGAGAGGACCAUGUCUGUCUGCGAUUUCAAUUACCAGCACGGCAGCCCCAGCAAGAGGCCCAACACCAGGGUGAAGUCCGAGCACUCGCUCCUGGACGGCCCUGGACAGGUGGGAGGAGGAAGGGUGCCAGCAGACUGGAGAGACCAGGUGAUGCGGCACAUCGAGGCCAAGAAAAUGGAGAAGAACGCACUGUCUCGCUCCUAUAAUUCCAAUACCGCUCCGCUGAGCUGGUCUCACUACGGCAGCUGUAGGGAUAUGCAUGCCAGCCGAGGGUCUCUGGUCUUUAAUGCCAGAGAGGGACAGCCCUACGGAGCUCUGGGCUUCUGUGAUGAUGUGUACAGUCCCCAAGGGCAGCAGAGCUACACCCUGGACCCCCACAGAAAAGUGCCUUUGAUGAACGGUCAGAUGGGCUCUUCUGGUCGUCCUCAGAUGAGCCAGGCGCCCAUGGCCCGCCACCCUUCCAGAGAGCAGCUCAUUGAUUACCUGAUGCUCAAAGUCUCCCAGCAGCCCCAAGGGCCCCCACGCAUCCCGCACGACUCGAUGCAGCAAGAGAUGCGUGUGAAAGUGGAGAAGAAUCCAGAGCUGGGUUUCAGUAUAUCAGGAGGAGUGGGAGGUCGAGGAAACCCAUUUCGUCCAGAUGACAAUGGUAUAUUUGUGACAAGGGUCCAGCCUGAGGGACCGGCAUCCAAGAUUCUUCAGCCUGGAGAUAAAAUUAUCCAGGCAAAUGGAUACAGCUUUGUGAAUAUCGAUCAUGGGAAUGCAGUGUCCCUCCUCAAGACAUUUCCAAACACUGUGGAUUUGAUUAUCGUAAGAGAAAUGCAAGCAUAGACUCAACUGAAACUGACCUCCGAAGGGGUGGGGUGGGGGUGCUAUGAGAGGAAAGAAGAAGAAGAAGAGAGACAUUUAUGUUGACUCUCAUAUUUUUAUACACAGAAGAGGCUGAUCUGUUGAUACCUGUUGGGACUAUUUAUACUAGAGAUCUUGGGAGCCUUGAUUAAACGGGGAAAACCACUGAAUGUAGUGGAUCAAAGUGAGACAGCAACGAACAUCUGCAAGUACGAGUCCUCAAAAGGCCAUCACUGUGGUAUAUACAGUAUAUUUUUAUACAAAAGAAGCUGAAGAUAUGACCUGCUCUGAUGCAAAUAAUUACUGUGGUCUCUGUACAGAUCAUCUUUUCUUUUUUUUGUUUUCUUUUUUUUUAGUCCAAAACUCAUAAAUCCUUUGUCAUAAAUUGGGAUUUAUUUCUGCGGAUAGACAUGAAUUGACCACUAGGGGGGCAGGGCUCCCUCUCUUCUGUCAUCCACUCUGCCUUUCUUUCUUUUCUUUUGUUUUUUUUUUCCUUUUUUUUAAUUUAAGAUGUUGAAACGAGCGAUCUUAUGUGGAGGACAGUGUUAUGUGCUUUUCAUGUGGAGACGAAUGUAGAUAAAGGUGGUUUUUUUGAUUUUGUUUUUUGGAGAGAUUUUUUUCUCUAUUUCUUCUUGCAAGAUCAAAGAGGUUGAGAAGAGGACAUCAUCCACCCUCUGCUUCCAUAAACCUGUGAAGACCCUCCAGCGUACAGACACCUGUCCUCAGUCCAUCCCAGAUAUCCUCACAGCAACUCACCUGCUCAGCAUAUCACCUGGCCUGACCACUACCUGUGCUGUGUGGGGGAAAAAAAAAAUCCUUCACAGUUUAAAUGAAUCACAGCUUUCAGAUGUUGAAGAAAUGCACUCUGCAUGUGAUCAUUUAGUGAGACUGGAAAAUGGAAUGGAAAUUCAGAUAUUUGGGGAACAUGAGAGUAGAGAAGUGUAUUUGCUCAGCCUUAAUCUGCUUUGCCAGUCAGAAGCUUUUGCUUAAAGGAAUAGUUCGACAUUUGGGGAAAUGCACUUAUUCACUUCAAGGCAGAUCAUUAGAAGAUUGAAACUACAGGUAGCAGCCGGUUAACUUAAAAGUUAUCAUAUAGACAGGAAACUGUGGGUGUGGGGGGGGCAGCUAGCUUUGCUCUGUCAAAAGGUAACACAGUCGGUAUGCUAGCAUCUCUAAAAUCCAGUAAUUUAAAAAAAUAAGCUAAGCCAACGAGCGAUUAUGCACAUUUCCUAAAAUGUAAAACUGUUCCUUUAAGCAGAGAAAGGUGUGAGUUGUGCUAGUUAACCAAAGCAAGUUUGGAAGUUGUGGACAGAAAGCAAAAGCAGGAGACGACUAAAGAAAGAUAUUCGAAUAAGAACAGGUCAACGUUUUCACAUGUUUUAUUUUUAAGGGCUUCAUCUCUCAGGCAGCCACUGAUGAGAUGAGUGUUUGUUUGUGUUUUAAGGGGUUUCGGCAUCUGGCAGUUUUUAAGUUUUUACAUGGGAAAAGACCACAGUUUGCCUUUUGUGUCUAUACAAAUGUUUUUUCAUGCUUUUUACUCAUCACUUUGGAGCAGCAUCUCAGUCUUUUUGUUUGUUUUCUUUGCUGUACAGAGAAUAGAGUUGGGAGAAGCAAGUUGUCAAGUGCCAUAGACCUUGAACUGUUUGAAUAGGGGAGGACCCCUGACCCCAGAACCCAAGCAAUAUUCACACAUUCACAACCUUUGAGUACAUUUGCAGCAUAAUGGCUUAGAAGCAAUAUUUAAAGCCUUUAUUUUCAUUCAGAAAAGCAACAUCAGAUAGCAUUUUUUUUAAAAAAAGAUACACAACCUUUUAGUAAUCCCUGAUGAUUUUACAUGAUUUUUAUAUUGUGAAAAGAAUCUUUUUUUUUUUUUUUUUUUUGGUAAUGAAAUGGCACAGGAAAUAUGUAUGGUAGUGCUAAAGAAAAAAAAGAUUUCUCUGCAUUGUGUAAAGGUGAAUGUUUGUGUCACUUUGCCCAAGGCUUUGUACUGUCUGUUGCUUCGAAUACCACAACUCCUGGUGUUCAUUUGUGCAAAAAUAAUCAAGUUACACUGUUGGAAAAACUAAUCCAGUCACAGCUGCAUCUCAGAACUGUGUCGGAGGGAAAAUGUGUGUUUUAAAGCCAGUGUCGUCAAAUUUUUACAGUUGCAUGGAAUCAGCCUGUUAAUAUUCAUUCACUGGUAAAUAACUCUUCAGUGAGACGUGUUUCCAAAACAAAUGGAAAUGAGAGAAUUCACACACCAAGUAAUGACCCCCAUUAAUUCCAGCAGUACAUUUGCGACCACUGAAUUGUUUGUACAAUAUAUAUAAUAGGAUUUUAAUUUUUAUCCCUUUUAAUGACAUUAGUCUUAUUGUUUAAAGUUAGCUGUUGGAAAGUGAAGCUGUACCCUCAAUUUUUAAACUGAAUCUAAAAUUGGUAAAAAUUUUAUUCAAAUGACAAUGUAAUGAGCAUUUUUCCCAAAUGUUUUCACACACAUGUUAUAUUUGACACGGAUGAACUGUUGUUUAUAUUACUUGUUUUAAUUCUGUUGGUGAUAUCUGUUGACUUUCCAAGAGUAGGGGGAAAAAAUUUCUGGGGUAAUGGUCACUUUAUAUUCAUGGCAAAAAACGUGCAGUCUGACAUUGUAGACAAUCUAGGGAGAUAAAACAUGUUGUCACAUUUUCUUCAUCCAUGUUGGUCUGUUUCUUACGCUCCCGUAUUCUUAUUUAUUUAGCAGUCUUCUGUGGACUUUAGACCUUACUAAUCAAAUUGUAAAUACUCUAAAAAAAAAAAAUAAAAAUUGAGAAAAGAGUUAACAAUGGCAUUAGUGACUUGCGAUUGUAAAACCAGCAAUAAAUUGCAAUGCAGAGGCACCUGUUUUAAUGUAUAGCUAGUAUUUCUAAGGUUUCUCUGGAAACAGCCACAGUGAGAUGAUUGAUAUGCAUUUAUCCAACAUUCCAGAUUUUGUACAUAAUUACCUGUUUCUGAAGUAACCUGUGGAAAAUAAACUAAUGCUCUUUAACAACG